AUGAGCUUGGAAAACGCAACGGCAGACUUGGCGUCACAGCCUUCAGUAUCUAAUCCUUUAUCGAAUUCCGCUUCCGCAAUCAAAACUUCGUCGAGCCAUGACAAGUUUCUUUUCGAUUGUGACCAUUUGAUCAACUUUUGCACUCAGUUUGAACAGAGUGACAUUCAGGAUCAAACUGAUUCGGUAUUGGAAGUGAAAUUGGAAGAUCUCGAGAAUCGGUGGCAACGACUGCAGGCUACCUAUGAAGGUCUCAUGCUAGCUCCAAGGAAUGUCUAUACCAAAGACUUCCGGGAGAAUGCUAGAAUUAAUUUCAAUGCUAGCUCCGAGGCCUAUUACACGGCGAGGUCCCAAAUCCUAGAUAUUCUAAGAAUGUCAGGUGGAAAUUCUCGCCAAAACGCGAGACAUAGCCUUAUUCCCGCUUACAUUCCCCAGCCUUCGGUUAACCACUCUUCUCAAGAUGUUGCCAACAGUUACAUCAAAGUCCCGCCAUGUGAUACAGAGGUAUUUAAAGGAGGUUACGAAGAAUGGCCGUCAUUCCGUGACAUGUUCACGGCGGUUUACGUCAACCAUCCGAAAUUGACAAGAGCUCAGAAAUUGUAUCAUUUGCGGAACAAGACUAGGGGUGCGGCCGGCGCCAUAGUCAAAAGAUACACUCUUUGCGACGAAAACUUCGAGCUCGCUUGGAGUGCUCUAAAGGCUCGCUAUGAGAACAAGCGAGUCUUAGUAGAUAAUCAGUUAAAGAUUCUCUUCAACAUUCCUUCAGCUUCUGUGGAGAACAGUGAGGCAAUUCACAAAAUUCAAUCCACCGUGAAUGAUUGUCUCUGCACUCUCAAGACUCUUGACGUCAAUGUAGAAAGCUGGGAUCCCAUACUGCUAUACUUGGUUUCGACCAAGUUGCCAGAUGAAACGCUGGCUCUGUGGGAACAAUCCCUCAGAUCUCAUCGCGAUCUUCCUACCUGGAAUCAGCUCGAUGAAUUUCUCAUCAACAGGUAUGAAAUCGUGGAACGGCUCUCGAGCAUAAAAGCCACAAAGACCAGAAGUUCGCUCCCGUCUCAAAGCAGUGGUAAGAUUCAAACUUAUCACUCGCAAGAAAAGCUAAGCUCUUCUUGCCCCCUGUGCAGUUCCGACCACACAAUAAGGAGUUGUGGACAGUUUCGGAAAUAUACUGCACAACAACGCAUAGAUUUUGCAUACAAACACAAAUUGUGCAUAAACUGCCUCUCCUCAUCUCAUCUCAAGACAAAUUGCAAGAGCGUGAACACUUGCAUCAUUUGUCAUAAGCCACAUCACUCUCUGCUUCAUCUAAGAGGUAAGCCAGAAGAAAAAACUGAGGAUAAUACAAUCCAUUCUGGUCACGAGGAUGACAAGGGUCAAAUAAAAUCUUCUGGCAUAAAUUUAAGAAACACGUCUCAUAAUGAAGCUCCCUCAACUUCAGCCGCAAGGCGAUCCUCACAGGUUCAGGCCAAUUUUUCGGCCAACAACGACAUGAUUUUGUUACGAACAGCUCUAGUUCGUGUUGAACAUCAAGAGGAGUUAUUUACGCUAAGAGCUCUUAUUGAUCCCGGGUCUCAACGGACCUUUAUAACACAGAGAAUUCAGAAGCGCUUGCAAAUUCCCACUUCUAAAGCGCAUUUUGAGAUUUUUGGAAUUGGCGAACAGACUCAGACGUCGAAUAAAGAAUGCCAACUAGUCAUUGUUGCGGAGAAAUACGAUGUCCGCUUUUCAGCCUCGGCAAUAGUAUUGCCUAAAAUGACAAAAUGGCUUCCGUCCGUAUCGUUCGAAAUCUCAAAUCCCUCAGAGUUGGAGGAGCUAGAUCUGGCCGAUCCAAAUUUCAAUAAAUCCGCUCAAAUUGACCUGAUUUUAGGCAAUGAUUCGGAACGAUUCAUAAAUAUUGAAGGUAUCAGGAAGAAUAUAUGUGGCGAUACCUCAGCAUACAAUACAGUUUUUGGCUGGGUAUUGAGCGGUCCAAUGCAAACUGAGAGAAUUUUCUCAUUUUCCACAAACGUGGUUGAAUCCGAAGAUGUGAAAAUAAGCGAACUUCUAAGAAAAUUCUGGGAGCAAGAAGAGGUACCUAUGGCUCCCCCUCUUUCCAAAGAAGAUCAGUUUUGUGAAGAGUUCUACUGUAAAACUACGUCCAGAUCCCCGGAUGGUAGAUACGUCGUGAGACUGCCUUUCAAAGCAGAAUUCUCCGACGCCCUAUCUCUUGGCUCAUCCCGUUUUCUAGCGCUAGCUCAGUACAAUCGGAUGGAGACAAAGCUCUCUGAUGAUCCCGAGCUAAACACCGAGUACAAUUCAGUGUUAAACGAAUAUAUUUCUCUCGAACAUGCUCAGGAGACCUCGUCUCAGGAGAUUAACUGCGGUGGAAAAUACAAUUCCUUUUAUCUCCCUCACCACGCAGUUGUCCGACCAGAGCACAAGUCCACGAAAGUGAGAGUCGUGUUCAACGCAUCUCGCAAGAGCAAAUCGGGUUACUCUCUGAACGAUGUCCUCCACACUGGGCCUACACUACAAACCGAUUUGACAUCUGUGAUCCUCAGCUGGCGUAGAUACCGAUAUGUGUUCUGUGGGGACAUUCAAAAGAUGUAUAGGCAGAUAUGGCUACAUCCUAUCGAUAGAGCAUAUCAGCGAAUACUUUUCAGACCGGAUCCUAAGGGACCGGUGAGAGAUUUUGAACUGAAAACAGUUACCUUCGGCCUGAAUUGCGCACCGUUUUUGGCGAUUCGCACCCUCUUACAACUUGCCUCUGACUCUGAGAACGAAUUUCCCAAUGUCGCGAAAGCAUUGAGGAAAGAGACAUAUGUCGAUGACAUUUUGUCCGGCGGCUUCUCUAUAGAGGACACCAUUCGGGCGCAAGAGGACUUGAGAUCAGUUCUUAAGCAAGCGGGGUUUUCUCUCGUCAAGUUGACUGCGAACGAUCCACAGUUGCUCGCGCAUCUCCCACCGGAGAGUCUGUAUGACUCUGAUUUCCUACGCUUCGAUGAAUCAAGCACUACCAAGACACUUGACCAGCCCAUGAGCAAACGCAAGGUCCUCUCUGCCGUCGCGCAAUUGUUUGACCCUGCAGGAUGGGUUGCCCCUGUAGUGAUCAGGUCGAAGAUACUGAUACAGCAACUUUGGCUAGAAGGGCUGGAUUGGGAUGACGAACUCGGCUCAGAGACCCUGCUGAAGUGGAAUUCUCUAGUGAAUGAUUUGAAUCACAUCGGGGCGAUUUCCAUACCUAGAUGGCUACAGUAUCAUCCCUCUGAUACCGUGGAGCUUCACGGGUUCUCUGACGCGUCUCAAGCAGCAAUGUGCGCAUGCUUGUACAUUCGGUGUCAAACCUCCAACUCGGUUGUUUUCUCGAAUUUGCUCGUCGCAAAGAGCAAAGUAGCCCCACUGAAGCCUGUGUGCCUGCCACGUCUAGAGCUCAACGGAGCAUGCACUAUUACACCAGCAUUUCACGUGACUGGUAUAGAUUUUGCAGGACCUUUUGAAAUUAAGGUUUCAUCCCUGCGCCGAUCCCCUCUCCUGAAAGGCUAUGUGAGCAUUUUCGUGUGCUUCGCUACCAAGGCCGUACAUUUAGAGCCAUGUUCCGAGCUCUCCACAGCAGCAUUUGAAGCCGCAUUCUCUCGUUUCCUUGGGAGGCGAGGCCUACCUAGAAAGGUAGUGUCUGAUAAUGGGAGAAAUUUCGUAGGGGCCAGUCGCAAAAUGCUUAGAGAAUUUAGAAGUUUUAUUCAGGUGGCGGCAAGCGACAUUGCGGAAAAAUAUGCUACACAGGGUUUCGAGUGGCAGUUCAUACCCCCUCAUGCUCCACAUAUGGGUGGCCUUUGGGAGUCGGCUGUUAAAUCUUUCAAGCACCAUUUCAAAAGAGUAGCUGGUGCUCAUUUGUUUACCUUCGAGCAGUUUUCGACCGUCCUUGCUCGAAUUGAAGGAGUUCUAAACUCACGGCCCAUCUCCGCUAUCUCUGAGGAUCCUAAUGAUCUCACAGCCCUAACACCCGGACACUUUUUGAAAGGUGCUCCAAUCAUGGCAUUUCCCGAGCCUAGUGCUGAUGACAUUUCCCUGGUGAAUAGGUGGUUGAAGCUUAAGGCAAUCCAUCACCAGUUUGCUAUACGAUGGAAGGAAGAAUAUCUGAGGACGCUACAGAAGCGAUAUAAAUGGAAAACCACUUCACCCAACAUAAGGGUCGGCGAUCUUGUGGUCGUAAUGGAUGAUCUACUACCGCCUAGCGAAUGGCGAUUAGGAAGAGUGGCCAAGACUCACAAUGGUUCGGACAAGAACAUUAGGGUAGCCGACAAAUCCUAG